AUGAAUAUUGUUAAACUGCAAAGGAAAUUCCCUGUUUUGACUCAGGAGGAUUUAUUCAGUACCAUCGAAAAGUUUAGGGCUAUCGAUAUCGAGGACAAAGGUUAUGUUGCUAAACAAGAAGCUUUGGAGGCAGUCAGUGCCUCUGGAGAAGCUUCUUAUGAUGAAGCUAGAGAAACCUUGAAACAUGUUGAUGUUGAUGCUUCUGGUCACGUUGAAUUAGAUGACUAUGUGGCAUUGGUAGCUAGAUUAAAAGAAAGCAAAGCCGGAGCAGUACCUCAGACUAGUUUUGCUGUUGAUAAUACUACUGUUCAAAUGCCUACAUCUCCUGGGAAACCAGCAUUGCAAUACAAAGGUACGGGUGCGCAAGCUAAAAUCAUCGUUGGUGGUUCUCAAACUGGUACUACGCAUACUAUCAAUGAGGAAGAAAGAACCGAGUUUACUAAACAUAUUAAUAGUGUUUUAACUGGUGAUAGUGAAGUGGGUCAUUUGUUACCUUUUCCAACCGAUACUUUCCAAUUAUUCGAUGAAUGUAGAGAUGGUUGGGUUUUAUCUAAAUUGAUUAAUGAUUCUGUUCCAGAUACUAUUGAUACCAGAGUCCUAAAUAGACCAAAAAAUGGGAAGCCAUUGAAUAAUUUCCAAGCCAGUGAAAAUGCCAAUAUUGUUAUCAAUUCUGCAAAGGCAAUUGGUUGUAUUGUGGUCAAUGUUCAUUCUGAAGAUAUCAUUGAAGGGAGAGAACAUUUAAUUCUUGGUUUAAUAUGGCAAGUUAUUAGAAGAGGUCUUUUGGCAAAGAUCGAUAUUAAAUUACACCCUGAAUUAUACCGUUUACUUGAAGAAGAUGAAACUUUGGAACAAUUCUUAAGAUUACCACCUGAGCAAAUCUUACUACGUUGGUUUAAUUACCAUUUGAAGAAAGCUAACUGGCAUAGACAAGUGACCAAUUUCUCUCAGGAUGUAAAAGAUGGUGAAAACUAUACUGUUUUAUUAAAUCAAUUGGCUCCAGAUCUAUGUUCUGUAGCACCAUUACAAACAUCAGAUUUGAUGCAAAGGGCUGAACAAAUCUUGGAUAAUGCUGAUAAGUUGGAAUGCAGAAAAUAUUUGACUCCCGGUGCAUUGGUUAAAGGUAACCCUAAAUUGAAUUUAGCCUUUGUUGCUAAUUUGUUCAAUAACCAUCCGGGUCUAGAACCAUUCGAAGAAGCUGAAAAACCUGAAAUUGAAGAAUUUGAUGCAGAAGGUGAAAGAGAAGCAAGAGUCUUCACAUUAUGGUUGAAUUCAUUAGAUGUUGAUCCACCAAUUGUUUCUUUGUUCGAUGAUUUGAAGGAUGGUUUAAUAUUAUUACAAGCUUAUGAAAAGGUUAUGCCAGGUUCGGUCGACAAGAAACAUAUUAAUUAUAAGAAAGAUCCAACUACUGAAUUAUCUCGUUUCAAGGCCCUUGAAAAUACUAAUUACGCUGUUGAUUUAGGUAAACGUAAUGGAUUUUCACUUGUUGGUAUUGAAGGGUCAGAUAUCCUAGAUGGUAAUAAAUUACUUAUUUUAGCCCUCGUAUGGCAAUUAAUGCGUAGAAACAUUAAUAACACCAUGAACAAACUUUCAUCUAGUGGUAGAGAUAUGAGUGAUGCACAAAUAUUGAAAUGGGCUCAAGACCAAGUCACUAAAGGUGGGAAAUCAUCUACUGUUCGUUCAUUCAAGGACCAAUCUUUGUCCAAUUCUCACUUCCUAUUGGACAUUUUAAAUGGUAUUGCCCCAGGUUAUGUUGACUAUGAUUUAGUUACCCCAGGUAACACACCAGAAGACAGUUAUGCCAAUGCUAGAUUAGCUAUUUCUAUUGCUAGAAAGUUGGGUGCUUUGAUCUGGUUAGUUCCAGAAGAUAUUAACGAAGUUCGUUCGAGAUUAAUCUUGACUUUCGUCGCCUCCUUGAUGUCUUUAAAUAAAUAA